UCAUAACAUACUAGGGGGUAGGGAGGCGGGAAGGAGGAGGGAAGGGAACCAGUAUUGUGGCCAAGUUAUCAGUCACCUUCUUGUGUUCUUAAGAAUGCUUCAUUUCUUUUGUUUGCCCAGUUUUUCCUCCCAGAUUCCUGUAAACCUGUUACCUAACAAGGUCAGCGUCACUUAGGUGUUCUCACCCUCUAAUGGGAACACUGGCCAGGGAUUAAAGCCCAGACCGCCAUCCUAAGAAGUCUGGGAGCCUCCAACUGGGAACCUUCCACACUUUCUUCAGGCGACCUUACAGCAGCACCAACAAUCGCAAUGAGAAUUCUAAUCUCUUCCCUCCUUCUGUUGCUGCCACUAAUGCUGAUGCCUAUGGUCUCUAGCAGCCGAAAUCCAGGGGUCGCCAGAGGCCAUCGGGACCAACGCCAGGCUCCUAGGAGGUGGCUCCAAGAAGGCAGCCAAGAAUGUGAGUGCAAAGACUGGUUCCUGAGAGCUCCUAAAAGAAAACUCAUGACAGUGCCCGGGCUGCCAAAGAAGCAGUGUCCCUGUGACCAUUUCAAGGGCAGUGUGAAGAAAACCAGGCACCAAAGGCACCACAGGAAACCAAACAAGCACUCCAGAGCCUGCCAGCAAUUUCUCACACGAUGUCAGCUGGAAAGCUUUGCUCUGCCUUUAUAGGAGCCCUGAGGGCCCACUCUCCCAAUGCAACUGUCUCAGUCCAGAAGGCAGUGAGUGCACCUAGACGAUGUUCUCCCACUUGCAGCUCCGCCUCCUUGUCCCCACUCGUGUUUUCACAAAGCAUUUUCCCCAAGAUUACUGUUCUCUCUAGUGCCCUCUUCUCUUCUUAGUCUUUUCUUGUACCCUACUGAUGCCUGCCCCCCCCACCCCCCCCACCCCCCCACCGCCCCGCCCCGC